GGGUUACGUAUUUCCGGUGCGGUCGCCAUGGCAGUGGCGCAGCUCAGGCGCUGACUCCGGGCAAUCAAGCUGUUAACCACAUCAAUCAUGAAUUCAGUUUCCAAGGCUGUUUUCAAUGGAGUAGCUGAGAGGAGGACAGUCUCUCUGGUGGCUGAAGUCCAUGGCAAACAGGUUUUAAAUGUGCUACAGAGCUUCCGGGAGCAAAAUGCAUUCUUUGACUUCACUAUAUUUGUCAAAGGGGAGACGUUUCCAUGUCAUCGAUGUAUUCUGGCUGCAUGCAGUGACUUUUUCAGGGCCAUGUUUGAAGUUCACAUGAAGGAACGCGAUGAUGGAAGUGUAAAAAUCACAAAUUUAUCACCAGAGGCGGUGAGAGCAUUUUUGGAUUUUGCUUACACGGGGUUUGCAGAGAUAUCUGAGACCAACGUUGAAAUGUUCUUUCAGAUGUCGUCCUUUCUUCAGGUAUCCCUGCUAGGUAAAGCCUGCAGUGAUUUUCUUAUUAAAUCCCUUGACCUCACCAAUUGCUUACAGAUUUUGUCUCUGGCUGAGAGUUAUGGUUCUACCGCUUUAUAUGAUUAUUCUCUGCAGUUUGUAGUGCAGCACUUCUUUCUGCUAUUAAAAUCCAGCGAUUUCUUGGAAAUGAACAUUGAAAUUGUAGAAAAAUGUCUUGAAGCAGACAAAUUAAACAUCCCUGAUGAGGAAACUGUUCUGAAUGCUGUUCUUCAAUGGACUCAGUACAACAUAGAGGCUAGAGAAAAACAUUUGCCAUGUUUGAUUAAGUUAGUAAGAUUACAUCAGCUUUCCAGAGAAACUCUAGAGGACUUGAAAAGAUCUGAAAGCUUGCUGGCAAACAGUCCUGAAUGCUUGGAGGCCAUUUGUGAUGUUCUCAAUAAACUUGAAGAAUAUAGUGGGCUUUAUCCUGAUGCAAGACCAUCGACAACAGAAAAAUACAUUUUCGUCCACAAAACUGAAGAAAGUGGCCUAAGUAAGCAUACGUUUUGCUACAAUAUUGAAAGAGAUACCUGGAAGGAGCUGCCCACUGCAAACAUUAUUGAUUUUCCUGGAUCAAGUCUGGUUACCUUUGGAGAAAAAAUAUUCAUUACUGGAGGAUGCAAGGGCAGCUGCUGUAGAUCGAUACGACUGCACAUUGCGGAAAUGCACCACGAAGCUACUGACCAUGUCUGGAGCUACUGCCCAAGUACAAACAACCUGACAUCCAUCCUAUCUAUGAAAAAUGCUCGAACCAUGCACACAGCUGUCUCUGCAAUGGAUCAACUUUUUGUAAUCGGUGGGAAAACCACAGGGGCACGGGAUAUCCUGAGUCUUUUAGAUGUUGAAUCCUACAACCCUCUUACCAAAGAAUGGAAAUCAGUUACUCAUUUGCCAAGAGGAAUAUACUACCCGGAAGCAAGUGCAUGUGACAAUAUUAUAUAUGUCCUGGGCUCUGAGGAGGAAAUAGCCGAUAUCUUUAAUCCAUCAUUGGAUUGCUUCUUCAGGUACAAUGUGGCCUCUGAUCAGUGGUCAGUAUUGGUGGCAGAAUUUGGUCAUUUCUUUCAUGCCACGCUAGUGAAAGCUGUUCCAGUAAAUUGCACUUUGUACAUUUGUGAUCUUUCUACCUAUAAGGUCUAUAGUUUCUGUCCUGAGACCUGUGUUUGGAAGGGUGAGGGCUCAUUUGAAUGUGCUGGUUUUAAUGCAGGGGCCAUUGGGAUCGCAGACAAGAUUUAUAUUCUGGGUGGGGAUUAUGCUCCCGAUGAAAUCACUGAUGAAGUACAGGUGUACCAUAGUAGCAGGUCUGAAUGGGAGGAAGUCUCACCAAUGCCCAAGGCUUUAACAGAGUUUCACUGUCAGGUGAUACAGUUUAACAGAUACCGCGAUCCCUGGCGUCCCAACCAACCCUGAAGUUUUCACUUAACAUUAAUUUGUUAAUGAAUGAUGAAAGGUAAUAAUUUGCUAUUUGGUCCACAGAGGUUUUAUUUAUUUAACCUGUAUUUGUUUCCCACUCUCAAUUUUCCUCCUCCCUUACCUUUCUAAGGUAUCAGAGUGCAGUAACUUGCUGAAUUGGUCUUACUUCAUGUCUAGGCGCAUGUGUGAGCCUACACAGUGAGUCUCAGCAGGCUAUUUGGCCAAAGGAAGGGGUCACAGAGAAGCCCAGGCUUGCCCUCACAUGUGAUGUCUGUACACUUGCACUUUUCAGGAGAAGUCACUGCUCAUUUUUCCUCUAACUUGAGGAGAUGUCACUGUCUUUGCCAACUAUGAUAAUAUGAUUUAACACAGCACAAACCAGGGAUUGGAUACUAGCAAUCCAUAUCACUACCACAAUUUAUUGAGUUGUAAAACUUCAACACCUCAUGCUUCCAGAUUGUUAACAAAAUACCUUUGACCAAUUUAAUAAAAAGUAGUGUGAGGUCAAAGUGUGGAAUUUGAUAACUUUCUGCAAUAGAACCUUUGGAAUUUUGUCCAAAAAGACAAGUUGGUUGUAGCUUUAUUAGAAUGUACAUUUUUACAAAGGGAAAAUAGCCAUUUUCAUGUUUGCACGGUGGUACAAAUUAUAAUUGAUCAAAUAAUUAAGUUUAUUCUGAAUCCAAAUGAGUGAAUAGGCCUCAGGAGUACUCUGUACAAUUCUGGUUGUUACACAGCCAUCCCACCCACACACACACCACCAUCACCACCAGCCUUAAAGGCAUUGCACAGAAGAGCAAUCUGAAUCUGUAUAAAUUUACGGUGAUCGUGUACAGUAUUUCUAAUGGUGAAUUGUUCCAACUGGGUCAGAAGAAUAAUUAUUUUGGUGUAUCAACAUCCUGGAUCAUGUAUGGUAGAACCGAGCUUUGAUUCGCUCAGUCUCCUGGGUUCCAGGGAGAAAGGAAGGGAAAUCGUCAGGAAAGGUGUAAGCAACUUGUCCUCUUGUACACUUGCUAACAGCUGGUACAAAUCAACAUUAGUGGAAGCUUGGGAGGUAGUUUCUCAUCCACCCAUGCAGCUCCAUGAGGAUCGUGGCUCAUGGAGAUGAGCCAAAAAUAAUUAUUCUCAAAUAUUUUCGAACAGAAGUCCACACUUCGAGUAGGAUGUGUCUGACAACUAAAGGACCUGCUUAAAUCACACUUAACAAACAUUUACAUCAAAUUAUUUUCUACAAAAUAUAGUGGAGUUUAAUACUGUAAUACAUUCUUAUUAAAUGUCUCACACUAAUUGACUGCAGCCUGUGUCUCUGUCUGAGAGUUGGGAUUGUAUAAAUUUAUUUAAAUAUCUUGUGCUCUGCAUUACUACCUUGUUAAUGAGAAUGUACUGCACGUGUCUCUUUGAAUGCAGUCUUGCAAAACAAACCUGAUGCAAAUAUGCUUCUGCUCUCAUAAAGAGUCGCCUGUUUUAAUGUAUCAGAUGUCAUUGUUAUGUGCGUAUACUGUGUAUUAAUGCAUGAAAGUAAGAAAUCGGGAAGAACUGGAAAACUAACUUUGAAUUGUAUUGUUAUAUGCCUUUAAAUUGAACUAUGGAUGAAAGUUCACACCUUCAGUUAUACAAACACAAUUUAAAGUGCAUUAUGUUUCUUGAAGCAAUCUUGUACUCAGUGUUAUCAUUGUGAAUUUAACUGGAUUUAAAUAUUUAUUCCUCAUGGCUGAUGGCUGCCUGUGUCCUUGAAUAUAGAAAGCUGAGCUGAAAACUCUCUGCACUAAGAGCAAUGUUGUUCAUUGCUGAACAAAUGGGAGGUACUUGAUUGUGAAUUGCAAGCAAGUUGUCACAUUAUUUAGUGGCCAAAGGUGAAAGAUACUCAUCUUAGUAGCAUGGUGAAAUGUUCACAGAAUUCUUCUUGGAGGUCUGGUACAUUUAAGGAUCUCCAAGCACUGGAUUGAACCAUGACCAAAAGGAACACGAAGAAAGCACUACACUGUCAACCCAGUUACAUUUAUUGACAGCAUCUGAGGCACUCAGCCUGCAACUGAAAUGUGCACAAAAGUAUUCAUCUUAAUUUAUUUUGUAUGUAUUAGCAAGGCAAUACAACAGGAAUUUUUGCCAAUUUAAUUAUUUUUCUCUAUCAGUUUAACAUUAUGAAGACAUAAAAUAACCUAAAAUUGUUUGAAGAUAAGUGCAAUAAUAAAGUUUGAGAGUUUGAAAA